AUGUAUUUUGUAUUUUUUGAUUCAUUUUUAGGUUCUUUACAAUGGAUUCAGUGUAUUGUGAGUUGUAAAUUCAUCACAUUAGAAGAACCUGAUGAAAACGGCUUUACUUAUUAUUUAUUACACUAUGGACAUCACACUCAUCAAAAAUGUUUGCAAAAUAAGCCAUUUAAUCAAGAAAAAGAUCAAUUAAAAAAACGCGUUUCUGCAGCACCUGAAACCUUGCCCAAAAAAAUGCAAGUGGGACAAUCCUUGGAUAAUAACAACCCACUUGCUUCA